GUGGUCACGGGCGAGAGGUGUGGCGAAGUGGGCGGAGCCCUGGCUUUGCCCGCCCCCAGGCCUUGAAUUGCUGAGUUCUGGCGAGAAGGAGCGAUUCCGAGGGAUCCGCUACGCCACCGCGCCUGCGGCGGGGAUGGAGGGAGCGGCGGUUCGGCUGCUGCGCGGCAGCGCGCUGCUAAGAAGAAACUUCCUGACUUGCCUGUCUUCUUGGAAAACGCCUCCUUGCAUCCCAAAAUCUUCCCAGUCAGAAGCUCUACUCAAUAUAACAAAUAAUGGACUCCCCUGCGCCCCCCUGCAAAUAUUCACGGAUCAGGAGACGAUGAUAAAGAGCACAGUUAAAAAAUUUGCCGAGGAACAAAUUGCUCCUUUGGUUUCAACAAUGGAUGAAAAUGCAAAAAUGGAAAAAUCAGUAAUACAAGGAUUAUUUCAACAAGGGUUGAUGGGUGUUGAAAUUGACACCAGCUACGGAGGAACAGGAGCUUCGUUUUUUUCCUCUGUCCUGGUGGUAGAGGAAUUAGCCAAAGUUGAUGCAUCUGUGGCUUUGUUAUGUGACCUCCAGAACACGGUAGUUAACCCGCUGAUUAUGAAACAUGGAACAGAAGAGCAAAAGGCUACCUACUUGACCAAGCUGGCUACAGAAAAAAUAGGAAGUUUCUGCCUUUCAGAGGCUGAAGCAGGUAGCGAUUCCUUUAGUUUAAAGACCAGAGCUGAUAAAAAGGGAGAUUAUUACGUCAUCAAUGGGUCAAAGAUGUGGGUUACCAGUGCCGAGUACGCAGGGCUCUUCCUGGUGAUGGCAAAUGUUGACUCUACCCUGGGCUAUAAAGGAAUUACCUGCUUCUUAGUGGAUCGUGAUACUGAAGGCCUUCAUAUAGGGAAAGCAGAAAACAAAUUGGGAAUCAGAGCUUCCUCCACCUGUCCGUUAACAUUUGGAAACGUCAAGGUUCCAGAAGCCAAUGUCCUGGGACAAAUUGGACACGGCUAUAAGUAUGCCAUAGGAGUCCUUAAUAAAGGCAGAAUAGGAAUUGCUGCACAGAUGCUGGGACUGGCUCAAGGAUGUUUUGACUUCACUAUUCCAUAUAUUAAAGAAAGGGUACAAUUUGGCAAAAGAAUAUUUGAUUUUCAGGGGCUCCAACACCAAGUGGCUCAAGUGGCCACCCAGCUGGAGGCCACGAGGUUACUGACAUACAACGCUGCCAGGUUUGUAGAAGCUGGAAGGCCAUUCAUAAAAGAAGCAUCUAUGGCCAAAUACUAUGCAUCAGAGAUUGCAGGACUAACAACUAGUAAAUGCAUGGAGUGGAUGGGAGGAGUAGGCUACACCAAAGAUUAUCCUGUGGAAAAGUACUUCCGAGAUGCAAAGAUUGGUUCAAUAUAUGAAGGAGCUUCAAAUAUUCAGCUGAACACCAUUGCCAAGUGCAUCGAUCCAGAAUACUGACAUCCACAGGAAUGGAACCCCUCCCUGAUGCUGCUGGUGUAGAAUCUUAAACUAUGUGCCUUUGGGGGAUCCAAGCCCUUAGUCAUGGAUCUUGGGGUAGACCUUUCUGUUUCACUUUCCAGUCUGCUUAACUUAUACGCGGGAAAUCGUUUUUAAAAUUUGGGAAGAAAUGCAUCCCUAUUUUCUACAAAACUAUUUUUAAAGUUCUAUAAGUAUUAUCAUUCUAGCUUCAGGGUGUACAGAAGUUUCACUCUAUCAGCAUUUGGAAAAAUAAAGACAUUGGAAGUGUUACAGACAUGGCUAUUUUAUAUUCCUAUUAAAUCUUUAUUUUGUGGCAUCAGUCAGAGGAACCUUUGCUAUAGGUGGCAAUUCUAUGGAAUAGAUAGAUUCAAUUCUAAGUUGCUAAACUAGGUAGAAACUGAAAAAAAUUUAUUUAGAAAAAUCUUAAAAUGCUGGUUCUAAAUACCUAAGAAUGGGUGAAAAAUAAAGUAUAACUCUGUAGGUCAAAUAAUUGAAGAAAACAUUGUGGGUUUUUUUUAGUGAGAAAGAUUAGUCCUGAGCUAACAUCUGUCGCCAAUCCUCCUCUUUUUGCUGAGGAAGAUUGGCCCUGGGCUAACAUCCGUGCCCAUCUUCCUCUGCUUUAUAUGGAACGCUGCCACAGCAGGGCUUGACAAGUGGUAUGUCGGUGCGCGCCCAGGAUCUGAACCCCGGGCCACCGCAGCGGAGUGCGCGCACUUAACUGCUGUGCCACCGGGCCGGCCCUGAAGAAAACAUUAUUUUGACAAAGUAAAGCAAUAUAAUUUGUUACUAUAAUUGUCCUGUUUAAAAGAUGCAUUUCAUGAUGGUUUUAGCAGAUCAUUUUAGAAACAAGUCUGCAUUAGUUUUCAAGUGUAAAGUUUAAAUAAUUUGGUUUAAUAAUCAGAAUGUAUUCAAUAUUGUAAUAUUCAUCCUAUCAUGCACUAUUUUUCAACGAUACAAUUUCUUUCUAUAUUUAAAUUGAAUACUGUUUCCUCAAACUUAGUUAUUGGUCUUUAUCAUGAAUAGUCAUUCAGAAAUUAUGUUUUGGUUCAGUGAUUCUCACGAGAAAUUUCUUGCCCCAAUAAAGAAGGACAUCAAAAUCUUGUAAGGAAUGAGGGAUAGAAGGUGGCUCUAGAGUUUGAAAAAGCAUAUUGAGUAAUGAGAAAAAUAAUUUUAUAUCUCAGAAGGCAAAAAUGAAUAUAUUGUCUUAACUAUACAAAUUAUAGAAAGGCAAAGCUUGACAAAACAUAUAGCUGGUGAUGUGAUUUCUUCAGUAUUGGUGAUUCUCAGUCAGGAAAAGAGACCACUCUAAGGUACAGAUCCUGAGUCCCCUUACGUGGCAUGGGUCAGAGAUGUUGAAAAACAUUUCAAGGCUCAUACAGUUGCUUAAAAUAAUCACUACUGUUGAAUAGGAAUCCCUUUAAUACUUAAAUGAAAGGAUAAUGUUUAUUUAAGAAAACUUGACAUUUUCAAAGUAACUUUGCUUUGCACAUUCAUGUUUAGUGAAUUGGAUUAAUUUCUGUAAUGCAAAUCAUAGGUAAAUAUUCAGAGUCAUGUAAGUACAAUUGAGAUAGGAAUUACACUAAAAUGUUAGGAAGAAAUGAGGACAAAUUUAGACCCUGGAUCAAGAGAUAAAGUCUAUCUGACUUUCACAUAGGGAGAUGAUGGAAACCGACUCAUUUAGUCUUUCAGAACAGAAAGACAGUGGUCUGAUAAGGAAAGUAGAGGAUAGAUGAAAUGCCCUAAAAGGGGGCUUGAACAUCUUUAAUUUCUGUGAUUCCGUGAAAGAGGUAGACUUUAUAGGUAAUGGAGCCAACAUUCGUAAAAAGAAUCCCAACUUCCUCCUGUAGAAUUAUAAACACGUGAAACUACAAUAAACCUCGGGUUCAAAUGAGCAGCAUUAGAGAGGCUCCUGUGUACGUCUGGGCCUUGAAUUUAUAUUUGGUCUUGAUACGGUUCUAAUUCUGUGUAUAUUUUUUGUGCACGUUCACAAAGAACAGUUGAAAAUUAGGUAUUAUAGUUAAUAUAUCUACCUACCUUCUUCUAUUGGUGAAUCAUUGUGUUAUUUUACCAUUUACCAAAGAGGAUAUUGUGGGUUUUCCCUGUAGUUCUUCCCUUAUAGCUUUUCUUGAUAACCGUGACUUUGGAGUCUUAAAAACUAUCUAUCUUGAGUUUGUAUUUAGUGGAGGAUGAUCUUGUUCACCUCCUAAAGCCUAUCAUUAUUGUUUGCUAAUUUGGGGCUUGGGCUGUCAUGGGGCUCAGAAGGUAAGACUUGAACACAAGCACCAAGGAACCGCUCACCCGUAUUUGGUGGGCAGAGCAGGACUCUACCCAACUGCUAAGUUAGUAUUGUUAGAAAUUUCAUUUUACAACACGAAAAUGAACGUGUCAAAGAUUUUAGAAUUAUGGAAAGUUAAACCUAGAAAGACCUUAGAGAACCAUCCAGCUAACUCUCAUUUUAAAAGUGAAGGAUUCGUAGCCCAGAAUACUUGCCCGAGGUCAUCCAUCCAGGGACAGAAAAGACAAGGAUCCAAAUGUAGUGGCUCCCAAUUCAGUGCUCUUCCUACUGUUGAACAUUGGUCUCUGUUCAACAAAUUUGGGAUUUUAUCCUUGAUAUAUUUUAAUACUCUUAUUGAUUUAUUUUAGGUUUAAUUGAUAAAUAAUUAAUAUUUCAGAAAUGUUAAGAUUGAUCAGUGUCAUUGUUUACAUAUAUUAAUCACCUGCCAAAAGCACUCGCUCUCCCAGGGUGUAGAGCUGGUGUGUCAAAUGUGAAAGUUAUUAUGUGUGAUCAUUUGGUUUUGUGAUUAUGACGUAUUUUAGUAAAUGUACCGGUUGUAUCCUUGCUGAUAUAUUUUCACUGAUCUUUCAUAAAGUGCAAGUUUUGUUGUAAUGGUACGUAUCAGACUGUAUUCAGUGUUAUAAAAUCAGUAUUCUAUGGAGAAUGAAAAAAUAAAGGACAAACUUGACUGGAGACUUUUGCUACUUUGAUGAA